AUGGCGCGUCUAAUAUCCAUGGCUCGUAACGAGAAGCACCUUCGCGCUUUUCUUCCUUCGAAAAUCACCGGAAUGUUCACGAGUGAAAUAGAAAAUAAGGAUUGCUUUCCUUUUGUGCAGCGCUCUCUGUCUUCCUCUACCCGUCGGAAACGACCCGCUUUCGAGAAGUACCACUUGUCAGGAAAUUCGCCCACAUUCGGAAGGCUAGAAGGUCCUUACGAACAUGGUGAGGAAAGUAUGGAUGAGUAUCUGCGGAAAACUUCCCUAUCCCCUUGGGUGCCACUGCCCGAUGCCGCCGUUGGCAAAAUUUUCGACCUCACCGCCGCAACUCCACGGGACAUUCACGUGGACCUUGGGUCGGGUGACGGCCGAGUCAACUUCUAUGCGAUCAAUUUUGGUGUCCUGCAGUCUACUGGUAUAGACAUUGACGAAAAGAUCGUACAGAUCGCGCGAGAUCGCCUUGCCAAGCGCCACCCGCGGCCAAAGCUGGAAUUCAUCGUUGCCGACUUGAUGGACGAAGAUCAUCCCGCAUGGGCUGUGGUGCAACAAGCAACCAUCAUUAGUAUGUAUUUUGCGGACGAAGCGCUUGCCAAGUUCCGACCCCUGCUGGAGAAAAAACUCGCCGGACUCGAGUGCAAGAUUGUGACUUGUGGAUACGAAAUGCCAGGAUGGAUCUCGGCUGUCGAGGAAGUCGUUUUAGGCAUGCCGCUUAAUCUCUACAAUUGGGGAAAUAUGAUCGACGACGAUGAUGAUGGUGAUAUGUCAUUUGUGAUUGAUGAUGUUAUUCAAAAGAAACCAAAAGAACUGACAAAAGAUCCUCUGGCCAACGAAAAAUUUGCUGGUUCUACAGUUAUUGACCAUACCAGAAAGUUUCCUCUCCGAGGUUUUGAUCCGAAGAUCCUGGACGAACACCACCACUGGGAUAGCGAUGAAGAGGAGGAGGAAAGCGACAUCGUAAACGACCAAAAGCCAGAGAACAAGGAAUAG